AUGAGCGAAGACCAUAGGCCGAAACAUCUUCCAGAGGCCUCCCCUGGAUCCAGAGAAGCAUCUGCUGGUGAGAGCUUGCCCCGUAGCGGAUUUCGUCAAGCCUUGCGGAAAUUUAAGAACAAUGUGACUAAAAAAGUUUCUAAACGUUUCAAGCGUUCCCGCCACCAAACCCCUACUGUCCAAAACAUCGAUCAUGGAGGUGCUUCAUCGAAUCAGAAUAUUGAGGAUGCGUCGCAUGUGCAUCGUUCCGAUAUCGAUGGUGACAAGCCAGCCACAUCUGAUAAUCUCAGUGGCUGUGUGAACCAAGGAGCGUCUGGAGAACCUGCCUUGAAGGUUCUCGACGCCCCCGGGCCUCCUGGCGUGGAAGAAAUUCCUGAUCCCCAAUUAGUUGAUGCUGAACUUCGGGGUGCCCGUGAAGGCAUGGAAAGUAUGAGACUACUCGGGGGACAUAAUUUUUGA